AGGCGUUCGGACCACAACUCAGGACCUUCGUGUGCCUACUGUGCUGGCGGGCAGCGGUACCUCCAGCUUUUCCGCCUCCUCCUUUGUCCUGCUGGGAUCUUUUAUGGAAAUAAUUGUGCGGUGUUUUUCAACCAGGACUUCCAGAAAGAGCGCUCAACCAUUUAAGCGUUUGCACUGAAGGAGCGGUUCUAAGUGGGCGUCGUUGAUUCUGCGAACAUCAGCGCUUCCCAUCCGGAUCAGCACACACACUGUGAAACCCACCAUGACCCAGUACGGCGUCUCGAGCGUGGAGAUGGCCCCCGAGGUGGCGGCGGCCGCGGACUUCGUGACCAGUCUGCUGGCCACGCGGGGCUUCCUGAGCGAUCAGCAGCUGCAGGUGUUCAGCGAGUGUCUGCAGCAGGCGCUUUCGGAACACUACAAACACCACUGGUUCCCAGACAGGCCCCAGAGGGGCUCCGGCUACCGCUGCAUUCGGAUUAACCACGAAAUGGACCCCAUCAUUGCCAAAGUGGCCGGCCGCAUUGGCCUAAGCAGCCAGCAGCUGUACCUGCUCCUGCCACGGGAGCUGACCCUGUGGGUGGACCCCUACGAGGUGUCGUACCGCAUCGGCGAGGACGGCUCCAUCUGCGUGCUGUACGAGGCCGAAGUACCCGCGGCGAGCGCGGGGCCCGCUUCCAGCAGCUCGCACGGGCGAGCCAUCAACUGCAAGAACCACUUCAUGAUGGGGCGCACGAGCCCCCCGAAAAACUACCUGAUGACCGUGUCCAGUUAAACUGUGCGAGGCGAAGGGGCGCUUAGAUGGGUGAUGCGUGCACCACUAGGGUGGGGACCUCAGGCUGCUCAUCCACCCCCC